AUGGCGUCCGACGGCGAUAUGGCUAGUCGCUACCAGGUGAUGGAAGAGCUAGGCAGUGGGAGCUUUGGCACUGUCUACAAGGGCAUCGAGAAGGCGACUGGGGAGAUUGUGGCCAUUAAACAUAUUGACCUCGAGUCAAGCGAAGACGAUAUUGCCGAGAUCCAACAAGAAAUAUCGGUCCUGGCCGCUUGUGCCAGCCCAUACGUUACCCAGUACAAAGCUAGUUUUCUCCGCGGUCACAAAUUAUGGAUUGUAAUGGAAUAUCUCGGUGGUGGUUCUUGUUUGGAUCUGAUGAAACCCGGAAACUUCAGUGAAGCGCACAUCGCUAUUGUCUGCCGUGAACUCUUGCUAGGAUUGGACUAUCUUCACCGCGAAGGGAAGAUACAUCGGGAUAUCAAAGCAGCCAAUGUCCUUCUCUCUGAAUCCGGAAAGGUCAAGUUGGCGGACUUCGGUGUGGCAGCACAACUGUCCAAUAUCAAAUCGCAAAGGAACACAUUUGUCGGCACUCCUUUCUGGAUGGCUCCGGAAGUGAUUCAGCAGGCUGGGUACGACUUCAAGGCAGAUAUCUGGUCAUUGGGCAUAACUGCAAUGGAGCUCGCAAACGGAGAGCCGCCCCAUGCUAGCACCCACCCGAUGAAAGUCCUCUUCCACAUCCCCAAAGCUCCGGCUCCGCGUCUUGAAGGCAAUGAAUUUAGUCAAACAUUUAAGGACUUUGUUGCACAAUGCCUAGUGAAGGAUCCCGAUCGACGAUACACUGCAAAGGAACUGUUAAAACACAAAUUCGUCUGCAACGCAGGGAAAACGGAAGCUCUACAAGAGCUUAUUCAACGAAAGCAAGAUUAUGACAAUGGCAAGGGAUACCCAGAUGAUACAAGAUACUACGCCGAGACUCUGACCACAUUCUCCUCAAAUGAGGAAGAUGACGAUGGGUGGGUGUUUGACACAGUCAAGGCACCAACGGUCAAGAGACCAGUAAUUGCCGAGGACUUUUGCGAAGACCCAUUCGUCAAGGAAGAAGAGAUGAAAUCUAUGCCGAAACCUGUCGCCAAUUCCACCGUGAGACGAACACCAGUCGCCGAACGAUCCCCAUCUGUCAAACGAUCGAAUACGAAGCGACGAUCCAGCGGCGUCAAACACCCACUUGGUCUCAACUUGAGUUACGGAAACAGUCCAUCUACAGUUCGCCAGUUCCGCCGGGUCUCUGACAAAGGAAACAAUGGAAACAAUGAUCAGGCGCACCACUAUAACUAUCCUCCAGGAUUAGAUGAAAAUGUGGUGGCCAAAACAUUAUUCACUGAUCCCGUCCCCAAUAGCAAGGAGGCCCAGUUGGGACGAAGGGCAUAUAGUCGAGGUAUUGGCCUCGCUUGCCAGGAGAUAUUGGCCAACACUGGAGACCAGGAGAAACGAGAGGCAAUCUCUCGGUUGGCAGAGGCGUUUAGUGAUCUUGAAAUGGUUGAUCCGGAAGGAUUAUAUCAUAUCCUCAAGCUCUCUAACGAGAAGAUGAGAGCCGACUCCAAACUCUCCGCUCUACUACCCGAACCGACGCCGACAACUCCCCAGAAGCAAAAACUCGUUUUAGCGCAAAACAAUCCUCACCUCAAGAGCCACCGUCGCCGGCAAUCAGAACAAAUCCAGAUUGAACAAAAAGGCAGCCCCCAGUUGUCAAGCAGCAUGCCCGGACAGCAUGUUCCAGGCAUGGAGCAUACAAAACAACUCGCCGAUGUUCUCUAUCAACGAUGGAGCGAAGGUCUCCGCAACCGAUGGCCGGCCAUCUAA